AUGUCGCUGAAUGCACAAGAACCCAAUGCGGCUGUAUUUUGGAGGGCUACUCGCAAAGUUAGAUAUCCUCUAUAUGGGAUAUCGCGGGAUGCAUGGGCGCGCGAGGUAGCGGCGAUGGCUGAAGAGCUUGCUUAUGCCAAGGCGCAGCUAAACACCUUUGCUCCCAUCGAUACACUCCCAAACGAAAUCCUCACAUGCGUCUUCGAACUCUUGGUCCCUCUCGACCCUAUAAAAGCGAUGCAACGCUACUGGGGCUGGGUAUCUGUCACGCACGUCUGUCGUCGCUUUCGAGCUGUAGCUCAUAGUCAUGCUACCCUUUGGUCCGAGUUGACGGUCAAUGGAGACACACCCUGGCACUUGUUCUUGCCAAGAUCGCAACAAGCCUAUCUCACGAUACGAGGGCGCGCCCAUCCCAGACUGGAAAGGUUGGCAUCGCACUACGUUACGUUGUCGUUGCAGAACGUUGCGCGUGUGCGGCACCUCGACAUCACGAAUACUCCCUUUCUCAGUCAUGCAGCCACCCUUUGGCUGCAGAUCUUCUCCGACGGGGCUCCCGAACUACAUUCGCUGAAGCUCGAGUUGACCAGUGCUAUCGACGAAGUAGCAGAGUCGUUGGCCCAACGACCAACGGUGGACCCAUUCUUUCUCACCCAAGGCGCGCCCAAGUUGAGGGAGCUGAGCCUCGAUGGGAUCCAUAUGUUUUGGAAACUCGAAAUUCCCAUCAUGCUUCGCUCUCUUCACCUGCGACGAUGGAACACUGACGACGAACGGCCAUCUUUCCCCGAUGUACUCAACUGUCUAUCCAAUCUUCCUUUGCUUCAGGAACUAGUGCUGUGGCGAGUGCUUCCGAUUGUCAGUGAGCACGGCACCAAGCGGCGCGUCGACCUCCCCCACCUUCGCUUCCUAUCUGUGGACGAUCGGAGCGAACCUUGUUUGGCACUUUGGGCGGCCACACAGCUAUCUUCUCAGUGCUCCAUCCGUAUCAUGCUUCAGACAAUAGACUAUGAAGUUCAAACUGCCUUGUGCUCGUUGAUCAAACGACACCUGGAAGGUUCAGACUGUCCUGUUUACCAGCGCCUACAGGUCGGCGAUCCAGAAGGCGGACAAAAUACCAAUCUAUAUAUUCGACUCUCUCUGUACGCAGCAAUCGAUGUCAACGAUGCAAGCGACGCGCCUUCCAAACUCGUAGGAGGCGGCGGCGGCGCAUACACGGUUGGCUCUGAGCCGAAGUUGGACUUCACAUUCCCUUUCGGAUUCGACGGCACAAGCCAUACUGCCCCAUCACACAUGAUACUUGGAUCAUUAACCAUUGACCAAAUUCGGACUUUGUGUCUGACCCAAGGGUUACCAGGCGCAUUCGAGUACGACCAAUUAGCGAUCUUCGUGAAGGGUCUGUUGUCACGCUUUUCCGCCCUCGAGACGAUAGAAGUCCGCGAUCAUGGUCAAACGGCUGGCAAUCCCCAUCGUUCCUUGGGCCAGGCUUUCUGCCUCGGUUUCCUCCAAAACCACACUCUGAGCUCUACAACAGAGAUGGGAGAAGCCGAGCAACCGACACCUUUCUUGCCUCACCUUCGGACGCUGGUCCUAGAGCGUGUGUCGUUGCAUUGCCUGUCUUGGAACGCGCAGCGUCGCGUCGAAAAGCCGUCGUUCAAGGUCCUGACUGAAGCCCUACAACUUCGCGCUGAAGCACAUGCUCCGCUGGAUACGAUCAGGGUUUCUCGCACGCCCAUGCCGAGCGGAUUGCGUGAGAUAUGGGAGGGGCUGGUGUCGCAUGUCGAGGAGUCUGAGGAGGAUUUUGUGGACUCGACCGUCGAUGGGUCGGAUUCGUCAGUUUCUACUCAUGGGUCCGAGCUGGGGUCCGAGAGUGACGAUGAUGACGAUUGA